AGACUGUUAGCUAUUUACACGGGAAUGUUACGGAAACGGAACACUGAUAAUUCGUGGUUGUUGCAUGUGUUAGCUUUCACAGACGUGUUUUGACGUGUUUUCUUUCUAUAUACUUAACAAGCUUUGCCUUUUCUUUCCCGAAAUAGGUUUUGCUUCCUCUCUUCUUUUCAUCCCGCGAUGUCUUUGCCUCUAUUUCCUCCUUUCCUCUUCUAUUUUGUAUUUUUUCAUUUUAUUUUUAGUACCAGUAAAUGCACACAUUCUCUUUUCUACAAAGUUCUUAACAUGCAAAUCUGAGAACUAAGAUGGGUUCUGGUAACGCUUGAUCUGGGCACGGUAAGUCGUAAUUACCGUGCUAGGUAGUGUCUGUUUAGGGUAGAUAAAAGUUUGGGCCUUUUUGUUUCGGGGGUGUUCAAGAUGUGGAGUAGAUAUUGGUGUGCCGGUGGUGGAGGAUCGAUUCUGAGGCAAAGGGUGUCUUUUGUUUUCAAUGGAAGCCAUGGUUGUGGGGGAAAGGUUCAAGCUUUUGAUCCUUUGAGGGGUUUUGAAGGGGAAUGUGGUGGAAGGAGAGGAGGGGUGGGGUUUGUGUUGAGGCAGAUGAAGAGGGGUGUCUGUUCUACAACUUCGGUUUCACACCCUGCUUCUGAUGGUGCGAAUGGGAAUGGGAAUAGUAAUAAUAAUAAUAAUAAUAAUGAUAAGGAUAAGGAUAAUAAUAGGAGUAAUGAUGAUAAUGGGAAUGGAACAAAAGGGUCAAUGUCCUUCCGUGAGGCGAAGAAGCUUAUGAGAUUGGCGAAUGUGGAAUCGCUGAAGGAGAAGCUUGAGAGGGAGGAGAAGGAUAUGAUUCCCUACUGUGAGCUUCUUCAAGAGUGUGAGAAAAUGGGUGUUGCAAGGAAUGCUGAGGAGGCUGCAGCAUUUGCACAGUGUCUUGAUGAUGCUGGGGUUAUUCUCCUCUUCAGAGACAAGGUCUAUCUGCAUCCUGAUAAGGUGGUGGAUAUGGUUAGAAGAGCAGUGCCUCUGGCACUAGCAGAUGAUGGUGAUCCAGUGAUGGAGGAGCUAAAGAAGAUGCAAGAGAAGAAGAGAGAAAUUGAUUCCUUGGCACACAAACAGGUUCGGAGAAUCCUGUGGUCUGGACUAGGAUGUGGUGUGUUCACUGUUGGACUGUUCUUCAGGCUAACAUUCUGGGAAUUCUCAUGGGAUGUGAUGGAACCUAUCACAUAUUUCACCACUACCACUGGUUUGGUGGUAGGCUAUGCUUAUUUCUUGUUCACUUCUAGAGACCCCACUUACCAAGACUUCAUGAAGAGACUCUUGAACUCCAGACAGAAGAUCCUUAACAAGACCUUCAAUUUUGAUGUUGACAGAUUCAAUGAGCUCCAAUGCAUGUGCCAUAAACCUUUGAAUGCCAAAGCCAUUUUCAGAAAUCGCCUUGGGGUGGAACAGGAUUUGGAGGAUGUUUUGCGCAAAGAUUAACCCACUCACUAACUUCUCUUUCAGUAUGAAUCAUAUUCAUACUUUUGGUUUCUAAAGAUAAAUCUUUUCCAUUAACCCUUACCGAACAAAAUAAGAAAAAUGUUUCAUUAUUCAUUUAUUCC